CCGUUGGCUGGGAGUUGUACGGCUCCGCAUGUUAAUUGAAUUCCCAUUGUCCGGGCACGUAGCUACUAACCUCCUUGUACAUGUCUUAGCGAAUAGUAUAAGAGCGUGAUCCGCACCCUAAAGUAUAUAGGGUUCUUGGAAGUGCAUAGUUUGGUACCCCGUCUUCCUACCCUUAAUUGCGCGAUUUUGCAAGGGCAAACGCACCCUUAUUCGGGCACACUUUCAAGGCGCGGAUGGGUUUCUAAUGUUAAAGUUGCUCUCAAUUUUCCGAGCGGUAUCUCUUUGCGCAGCGUCAAAUCAGCAAUCAAAUAUGAACUCUGCUAAGCUUGGAGCUGUGCUAGAUGAGAACGAUCCGGAAACACAGGCAUUGAUGGACGCUGGCGAUGCAGCUAACACGUCCUCAUACGAGGAACACGUUGCGCGCCUGAAGGCUGAGGCUGAAGCCCAGGAUUGCGCCAAUCGUCUUCGGGUUGCGCAGGAGCAGCUGGCUGAGUAUGCAGCGCAAAAGGAGGUCGACUGCAACGGUCUUGUGCAGGAAGCGGACCGGCUCAGGGAUGACCUGGAGCGGCUCAUGCAGCACCCGGACAGCACUGCCGCGGAGUUCCAGCAGGUGGCUCAGCACUUCAACGUGCUGAGGGAGAAGCUGGUGGAUGCAGCCACGGAGGCGCAUGCCUUUGCGGCGCAGCAGGCCAGUGACUUGGCGACCCUCAAGCGCUCCAGCGCCCAGGCGGACCUGCCUAAUGACGUGGACAUGAAGCGUGCACGCGACGAUUCCACGUCAACCUCUGACGACGCUCAGGACGGGGACGUCGACACUUCGGGAGAGGACGACGAUGCGGACGAUGAGCCAGUUCGCGGCACCAUCAGCUCGCAGCCCGCGGGGCUACCCAGCACCAGCUUUGCGGAGCGCGCCCGCUACAUCCCACUGCGCCUCAGCCCUGACGAACGAAAACUGUUGCGGUUGUUGGAGUCUGCGCUGAACGUUAGCGAGUACACGGACAAGGUGGACAUCUUGACGUGGCGCAGCAAGAACCAGCGCAUACAUGCCCAGAUCCGGGACCUCUGCGCCAUCUUGUCGGGCCUCAUGGUCGCUGCCAACUACAAGCGGGGCCAGGAGCUCAUCCGGGACCGCUCCUUUGCCGACAACGCGGAGUUCUUCCAAGACAUUUUCGAGUUGGGUCGGCGCUACAAGAUCCUCAACCCUGACAAGAUGCGCAGCGAGUACGGCAAGCUGAUGUACCUGCUGAUGGACAGCGCGGAGCCGGCCAUCCAGGAGCUGCUCGAGUUCCAGUGUGUACGACAGCUCCGUACGGUGUACCUCUUCCUGGAGGAGCGAGGCGGGCUAGCCAUGUUGGACGACCCCCUCAUGCAACCCGCCACAGCUGAGAUUGUCGCAGGCGACCGGCCACGGCACGAAAUCCAGCGGGACAUCAAGGUCAAGGAGCGGGCGCGCGAGGCGCUGAGCCGGCGAUACCGCUCGUCCCGUCUGAGCGAGGAGGAGAUCUUGCUGUGCAUCUACUCCAUCUCUGACAACAACUCAUACCUCCUCUUCAACCGUGACCCCAUCGACCGAUUCAUCCAAUUCUUCCACCGUUACUUCCGGCCCGACUCGCACGAGCCGGGCUACUCAUUGGGCAUCCAGGGCGGCCGCGACGGCGCGCGCCUCACCCACAACCACGAGCGGCAGUACCACUACGUGCUGCAGUCGCUGACGCUGUGGCGCGAAAUCUCCACCGAGAUGUUCAAGCUGUGGUACCUCGCGGAGUCAGACAUGCUGCGUGAGGGCAACAGCUACCGGCUGUGCGACACGGGCCAGGGCCUUAACCGCGUGCAGUCAGCGCCGCAGGUCGGACGCGCUAUGCAUCAGAUUCUGCACAGGGUGCAGUCUUGUAUCGGAUCGUGGGUGGGGUCCUCCGUGGUGCACCUGGGCGACCACAAUGUGCCCAACGCGCUCAUGUUCAUCGACAAGUACACGCAGGUGCCCCGCAUCCUGAACCCCGUGGUGGCGGUGCUCGAGGAGCUGCCCAAGCUGUACCGAGACCCCAACCUGCGGCAGUAUAUCGACUCCACCUUCGGCGGCGUGGAGCAGUGCCGCAAAGCCAUUCUGGUGGACUUCUGCCGGCACGCCUUUGACGGCAGCGGCGCCGACAACUUCUUCGACGCGGGCUCCUGCAUCGACGGCCGCCUCACUAGCGCCUGGAACUGGUGCAGCAAGCUCGAGAAGAAGUCCUACUACCAUAUCUUCAAGCUCGCAGGCUGGGUGGGUUUUGACGGCGAGGUCAAGACGUAGACGUAAGCUGCAGCUAGCAGCUGCUUGAAGGGUUGCAUGGGGGCGCAAGUUAUGGCUGCAACGGCAGCUAUGAAGCUCGCAAGGGGGCUGCAUGGAAGCGCAGGAUGUGCCUGGCGGAUAGGACGUAGGAGGCUAGGCUUCCAGAUGGGGGAGUGCGGACAGACGCGUGACUCUAGGUGCACAUGAUUCAGGUUCGCGGCUGGGUGUGCUGCAUGCGCUGAUGCAUGAGUGGCGACGGACGGUUAGGAGCGACGGUUAUGUGGGUUCGCGGAGCCUGCUGAUAGCCGUCCUAGGAUUGCAGGCUUGUGCUUGGUAGGUAGUUCUGCUUGACCUUGGUAGGUAGUCCUGCUUGACCAACAGCUACCGGUAUAGCGAUAGUUAGCGGCGGCUCAUACUAGCAAGGCAUAAGUUCAGCAUUGGGGCGUUCCUUUCCAGGUUUUCAGCUUAAAUUGCAAUCGGACCGAACCCGGCUGCGACGCUGG